CGGGCCUAUUGCCGAAUUCCAUCAAAUAAAAUAAAUACAUGUCCGAAACAGUGCAGCAUUCUGACUAAUAGCUUCGGACACCAAAACCCGCGAUGAAGUUUUCGGUAGCAGCUUGUCUUCUCCUGGCAAUAGGUGCUCACUCCACUCCCAUCGAUCAUCGCCGUAGUCUGGUGUUUGACGCUAACGGGAAUCUACACCUUGUCAACGCCGACCCCUACAGCACGGUUAACGCUGAGUUGGAACCACUGUUUACGGCUGAAACCGACAUCGUCUUCCGGCUGUUCACCCGUUCAAAUCCGGUUCACGCACAAAUACUGCAAUGGAAUGACGCUGCAUCGAUCCACAACUCGAACUUUAAUCCGGCACACCCAACCCGGUUCACCAUUCAUGGCUGGAAUGGAGACGGAUCUUCUGGGUUACAUAGCAAUAUCCGCAGCCAUUAUUUCACCGUCGGUGAGUUCAACACAAUCAGUGUCGACUGGGGUGUUGGAGCGCAAACUAUCAACUACAUUACGGCCAGAAAUCGCGUAGACGCAGUCGGAGACGUGGUAUCUCGGAUGAUUAACACGUUGGUGUCCGCUACUGGGAUUUCCCGAAACAGUAUCAGUAUCAUCGGUCACAGUUUGGGAGCUCAUGCUGCAGGGAACGCUGGUAAAUAUCAGGCCGGUCAAAUGCACACAAUCGUCGGUUUGGAUCCCGCUGGGCCACUAUUUUCGCUGGGCCAAUCGGACAUCAUGACUCCAGGCGAUGCUCAGUACGUGGAAGCCGUAUUCUCCAACGCCGGUACGCUGGGAUUCGAUCUUCCGCUGGGUGAUGCCAACUUCUACCCGAACGGAGGACGUUCGCAGCCCGGUUGUGGCAUUGACAUUGCGGGUAACUGUGCUCACUCGCGAUCGCAUGAAUUGUUUGCUGAGUCCAUUUCGAGUACGGUUGGGUUCCGUGCAACCCGAUGUGCAUCUCAUGACGAAGUCUUGAGCGGUGGUUGUACAUCCAGCGGGCCGGAUGCCAGGAUGGGGGGCGAACCGUCGAACCAUGGUCGGGGGGUGAAUGGCAUUUUCCGGUUUAGUACGAACUCGGCUGCGCCGUUUGCACAGGGAUGAAUUUUCAGCUGACAGAUUGAAUAUGCAUACUGGGUAUGUUGAGAUUUGCACAAGUGUUUCAUAAGUUAGUUAAUCAACUUCAUUUGUUAUGUACUGGCUGUGAUGGCAGAUAACAGAUAUCUAAGUUAGAACAUGUUAAGAAAGUAUUUAAAUAAAAAUACAUUAUAAAAUACGUUAUACUCAUAUGAGCUACCGAAAAUAAUAGUCGCAAGGAUAGAUGAUGCUUCGCAAAACCCGUUUGAAACAUAUUAAAAUAUAAAAAUCGGAAAUAAACUACAAGCAUAAAAAUCGGACAGAAAUCCUUUCGCAUAAGAAUCGCUUAAAAAGUUUUCACCCAUAAAACUCGGCAAGGAUGAACCUCCAGUAUAAAAAUCAUUUAAAAAUAAAUAAAUCGCUCGUAGGAGCAUUCGUAUAUCUUGAUGUUCAAGAUUAAAAAUCGGCUAACAAAAACUACUUUGUAAGAAUCGGAUAUAUUUCUUUCCGGUUUUUUUACUGAAGGUUUUUUUUAUCCGACUCUUACAAAGAAAUGUCCCAGUCCGAUUUUUAUGCUUGAAGUUUCUAUCUGGUUUUUAUAUUCUAAUAUAUUUUAAACGGGUUUUACGAAGCAUGUUAUGUCUUUGCGACUUUUAUUUUCGGUCGCUCAUAUAGAAGACACAGUGGCUGACAGCACCCAACGGCAUACUAUGCCUUCCAUUUGAGACUUGGUUUGAGAAAAUCGGUUCAAUCAUCAUCGAAAUAUCGCAGUGUUUUUUUUUUCGUCAAAACCUGUUUUAAAUCACCUAGUGGUGCAAUUGUGCCUUUCUCAAUCAU